AUGGCAAAACUCACCGAUGAUGCCGACUACGAUGCCGGCGAAACGAUUGAAAAUGUACCAAGUUCAUUGUCUGAUGCUGGCAGACGACUUCGGACUAGGCGAAUGGCAAAACUCACCGAUGAUACCGACUACGAUGCCGGCGAAACGAUUGAGAAUGUACCAAGUUCAUUGUCUGAUGCUGGCAGACGACUUCGGACUAGAUUACAGGCAGUCACUGGUAUGAACAAAGCAUAA